AUGGCAGCAGUCACCAAAGCUCGCGGUGCUGCCGCUAAACUAUACUCUACCAUCAACCGUGCCCUGCCUAUCGACUCGGCUAGCCCUGACGGCCUGCCCCCCGACUCUGUCAGGGGAGAGAUUAGUCUUGAGGGGGUCAAAUUCCAUUAUCCGUCUAGGCCGGGCGUGCCCAUCCUCAAAGGUUUUACACUACGUUUGAGGCUGGAAACGCUGGUCGGUGCGCCAGGAAGCGCCAAAAGUACAGUCAUCUCCCUUAUCGAACGAUUCUACGACCCCAUCGCUGGUACCGUCAAGCUCGACGGCAUCGACAUCAAAACGCUCAACCUCAAACGGCUCCGCCAACAGAUCGGUCUCGUCUCCCAAGAACUCACCCUGUUUGGCACCACCGUCCGCGGCAAAACGUCGAACACGGUCUCAUCGGCUCCAAAUGGGAACACGCCUCCCCCGAAGAAAAGUUUGAGCUCGGGAGAGAGGGAUGUUGUUAUCGGCGGGCAGAAGCAGAGGUUGGCGAUCGCUAAGGUGAUUGUAUCCGACCCGAGGAUCUUGUUGUUGGACGAGGCUACUUCGGGGUUGGAUACGCAGAGUGAGGGGAUUGGGCAGGAUGCCCUGGACAGGGCUUCUCGGGGGAGGACGACCAUUGCCAUCGCUCAUCGCUUAUCAUGCCGAUACGAUAGGAUCUAUGUGAUGGGUGCCGGAGAGGUCCUCGAGGAAGGUUCUCACGACGAACUGUUGGCUACCGAAGGCAGUUACGCCCAACUCGUCAACAACCAGAAACUCGCUCAAGAAGCAGUUGUCGAUGCUCUCGCCCCUGGAGCAAAGCCCGUACAAGCCGAGAUUGAAGACGUCUUUGAGGACGAGAUCCCUCUCAAGCGGGCUGCGACAUCGCCAUGGAUGAGGAACAGGCAAGGCGCAAGGCAGAGGCUGAAGAGGAUGAAAAGCUGUGUUCAAGCAACAAGCUCUAUGCGAGGUUGCUCAAGAUCAACAAGGCUGAAAAGAGGAAGGACUUACUUUUAUGCUGUGUAUCGAGACUUGUUCGAUCGUUCUGACGACAAUGAGUGUAGGCUUUUUGGGUGCUGUAUGAUUGGGGAUGGUCUACCCUUCGUUGGCUAUCCUGUUCGUUUGUAUUUCUUCAUCUCCGCCAUCUGUUCCGCACUGGUCAUGUUCCUGCAAGCUUCCGGAUCCUCGCGUACUGGAUGGGAUUUGAACGCGACUUUGAGGCAGAAGCUGUUCCAUGCCGUUCUGAGACAUGAUAUCAGAUGGCUCGGUGAAGAGGAGAACUCACUCUGCUGGCGCUGUGACGUCCAACCUUGCCGACCAACCUCAAAAGGUCCAGGGUCUCUCUGGUCCCACACUCGGUACGAUACGAGUAGUGCAAUUUUGAACGACCUUGAUUGGUGGUCGCAUCAUCGGUCUCUGCUACGGCCCUCUCCUCGCUCUGAUUGGUAUCGCCUGUGUCCCGCUGCUCGUAUCUGGCGGUUGGCUUCGAUUAAAGGUUGUCAACGCAUGAAGAAGCUGCACGCUGCCAGUGCUCAUCUCGCUAGCGAGGCUGCCGGCGCUGUAAGGACUGUGGCGAGCCUUACGAGGGAAGAUGAUGUGGGGGUGAUUUACUCGAAUGCUUUGUUGGAGCCCAUAAAGGUCAACUUCAAGACGUCCAUCUACAGUCAAGCGUUCUAUGCGGCAAGUCAAGGUAUGACCUUCUUGAUUGUCGCUUUGGUCUUGUACAUCGGCGCCCUCUGGAUCAUCUCCGGGAGAUACAGCACUUCCAUGUUCUUCACUGUCCUGAACACUAUCGUCUAUGCGGCCAUACAAGCCGGCAAUGUCUUUUCCCUUGUCCCCGACGCCUCCAGAGCCAACUCGUCUGCUGCCUCCAUCUUCCGCAUCAUCGAUGACCGACCUUCUAUCGAUUCUAACUAG